AUGGAUUCGGCUAGUUCCACAAGCGCGAGGAAGCCUAGUGAUACAUACGUGUGCAAACGAUGCAACGUUCCCGGCCACUGGCUCCCGCAGUGCCCGACAAACUUGGACCCUUCAUUUGAUGCAGUCCCACCCAGACUGCAAUGCCCCCUUUGUGGUGCGGUAGGCAAACAUUUGAAGACCCUCUGCCCCAAGAACACGGAUCCCAACUCGAUCAACCAGCAGCGUAUCCUUGCGGGAGUGUCCACAAAGGAUCACCGCCGGGAAAGCAGGAUGGAGCGGCAUAAAUUCAGACUCUCCUCAAACACAUCCUCCAAAGGGGAGGAUAAUUUCUCUCGCCGGGGUGAUCGUGGCCGUAGCCGCGUCCGCGGCCACGAACGUAACCUGGAUCAGACCGGGGAACGCUCUCGCUCCCGGAGCCCGCGCAUCAGGGUCAGAAAAGGCCGAACUCUGUCUCGCAGGAGGGAUAGGUCAAUCAUGAACCACUCGAGAUGCACGUCGCCUCAGCACCUUCCAGAUACCGAUGAUGUCAAAGACGAAGGUCCUCCAGACUGGGAGGCGGACUAUGGUCUGAUCAACGCAGACCGGGCGCGGAGGAUGAAGUCUACAACGAAUGGCCAGCCUCGACGCUUCAAACAGCCAUCAUUCACCCAGAUGGCCAAGACGCAUACCUUCAGCGAAUACGCAGACCAUACGUCAAAGCAUGAAGAAGCCAGACGCAGUACUGCGGUAUCGCCGUCCCACACCUAUCCCAUGAACGACUGGUGUGAAUCACUGGGUUCACCCGAUCAGCAGGCAGGCGUUCUGCAUAUGAGCAUAGCUCUGAGAAGUCGCCAGCCGCAACAACCCGACGAGACGGUCACCAAUACGGACCGUAUACUGGAGUCUGUGAAGCAGUACAUCGCAGCCGAGUUUGACCGCGAGGCUGCCAGUGAGUCAAAUAGCCUGGGACCUCAGGAUGCGCCAAUCAUCGAGCCCCUGAUCGGUACGAGACACCCUUUGGAUUCUUACUCGGCCGCAGCCCGUGGCCUCAUUUGGCGAUGUGGUCUCAGCAACCCGUGGGUCAACUACACCAAGAGGACGCGCGCCUUGGAUCUGUGGGAUAAAAAGGAGCAGGUCCCGGGAGCCUCGAGAGCUCGGAUUAUCCGUCCUUGA